AUGCCCCACGAUGACGCAUUGGUAGUGAUGGUGACAGUGGCUAACCACGCCAUUCACCAGAUUUUUGUGGAUAAUGGAAGCUUGGCUAAUAUCCUGUAUUGGCCAGUUUUCAAACAAAUGGAGAUUGAUCGGGAAAGGAUCAAGCCAUUUGGCUCACCACUAGUUGGAUUUGCAGGAGAGCAAGUCCAGCCUAUGGGGCUCAUCUCUCUUCCUAUUAUAUCGGGAAUAGCCCCUAAGCAAUCGACAAUCAUGGUGGACUUUCUGGUCGUUGACCGACCAUCUGCCUACAACGCAAUCAUUGGUCGGCCAUCAUUGAAUAAAUUGAAAGCUGCAACUUCAACGUACCACCUGAAGAUGAAGUUCCCAACAAAUGAAGGAGUCGGGGAGGUCAAAGGUGACCAGGUUGCAGCAAGGAAGUGCAACAACACUUCACUGAAGAUGCCUUCGGGAUCUGCACCCCUAACGAUCAAUAAUGUGGGUAGUAGAAAAGAGGGUGAGCCAGUUGAGGAGCUGGUAGAUGUUGCUGUGGGGGAAGGCAAAGUUGUGAAGAUCGGCUCACAACUAACCCCAAAAGUUCGAGAAGGCCUCAUUGGCUUUCUUCGGGAAAAUGUGGAGGUGUUCACAUGGACACACGAAGACAUGCCUAGAAUUAGCCCUGAGGAAAUUGUCCACCAGCUGAAUGUGGAUCCAGUGAUGAAGCCGAUGAAACAGAAGAGAAGGAAGUUCACUCCCGAGCGAAAUAUGGCCAUUGCCGAGGAGGUGGAGAAGCUGCUUAAGGCUCAGUUUAUUGAAGAAGUCUACUAUCCUUAUUGGUUGGCCAAUGUAGUAUUGGUCAAAAAGUCUAAUGGGAAAUGGAGAAUGUGCGUAGACUUCACCGACCUCAAUAAGGCAUGCCCGAAGAACAGCUUUCCACUACUGCGAAUUUAUGCGUUAGUGGAUUCAAUAGUUGGAUAUGGGCUACUCAGCUUCAUGGAUGCAUUUUUUGGUUACAACUAG